AUGGUUCUGGAUCAACAGAUGCUCCACCUGAACCUAGGUGAUCGCCCGCCCCCCAACUUCGCGAUGGUCGUCACGCCACCGGCAGAAUCUGAUCUGGGCGCUCCCGACGACAAGGACCCGGGUCCUCUCACUCCAAACAUCAGCUCGGCCACUGCCAAAUCGGCAGUUGCAGUGGCUGCAACUGCACCCAAUGAUCCCAUGGCACGUAUCUAUCGCCAUACACCAACCCCGACCAUCAUUCUAGAUGACUCUCUGCGAGCAGUGGAGGCGUCAGAAAGUCACCUGGCGUUGUUCAAGCACCGUCGCGAGCAAUUACUGGGAAUAAGUAUCUAUGAGUUGAUACCGGGCAUGUUUCCGGCCCCAGAGAUCGCUUUUUUGAGCGGCGCGCUGGGCGCAGCUAUCACCCUGCGCACAGCGCAAGUUCUCAAUUCAGUUCGAAUUAGAGAGCAGCAUGACACCGCAUUCGCGCUCAGAGUGACCCCCAUUUUUGAAGAUCACACUCUUAUAUACGUCCUCCUGGAGAUGUUUCCCAUGAAGGCAGAGCAGUCGGAGUCGAACAUGAGCGAGCAGACUUAUCUCAAUCAGACCUAUAAAAUAUUGGUCGACACCGUCAAGGACUAUGCCAUUUUUAUGCUGGAUACACGCGGCCAUAUUGCGACAUGGAACUCGGGUGCCGCCAUCUUGAAAGGUUAUACUACGGACGACAUUGUCGGCCAACACUUUUCCGUUUUUUAUGGUCUUGAGGAUCGCCAGGCGAACAAGCCUGCACGUGAGCUGGAGGUAUGUCUUCGAGAAGGUCGAGUGGAGGAUGAAGGAUGGCGCUAUCGUAAGGAUGGCGGACGAUUUUGGGCCAACGUCAUGAUCACUCCCAUUUAUCAAUUUGGUCGUCAUGUUGGAUUCGUCAAAGUGACUCGCGACCUGACGGAGCGCAAGGCUGCUGAAGCACGUCUGAUCGACGCCUUCGAGGAGUCGUCCAAGUUAAAGACCGAUUUUCUUGCAAACAUGUCACACGAGCUUCGCACUCCCAUGAACGGCAUGUUUCUGGCACUGACCUUGUUGAUGAGAACGCCCUUGACUGAUGACCAACGAGAGUAUGCUUCCAUCCUGGAAGAUUCUACGUCGAUUCUGUUGCAGGUCAUCAAUGACGUGCUGGAUUACUCAAAGCUCUCAUCCGGUUCCUUUUCUCUCAAUUCGGAUGUGCUUAAUAUCCCUAGCGUGAUCAACGCCGUGAUACGUAACUGCCAGCCAUCAUUAAAGCCGGGCGUGGUACUGGAAUGUUCCCUGGCUCCAGACUUUCCCGUCAAUGUCAAAGGUGAUCCGCUGCGAUUUCGACAAGUUCUGCAAAACCUUGUUGGAAAUGCUGUGAAGUUCACAGAAAGUGGAUAUAUUCGUGUGAAUGCGUCGUAUAUUGUGAGCGAACAGGAUCCUCAGUCAUAUGAUAUCUCACUUCAGGUAGUGGAUUCCGGUAUUGGUGUGCCCGACGAUGCAGUCAGCACGCUCUUCACUCCAUUCACUCGAUUUGCUGACUCUGAAACCAAACGGUAUCAGGGGACGGGGUUGGGUUUGUCGAUCUGCAAGAGUCUAGUAGAGCUCAUGAACGGGUCAAUUGGGUUUCACACAGCUCCGAAUACCUCGGGAAGUGUGUUCUGGCUGGAGGUGAAAAUGGGCCGCAUUGAUUUGCCGGUUUCACGUCCCAAACGAACGGCAAAUAAUAGCUCCAAGAAAGACUCUGAUACCUCAUCGCUCUUGCGUGAAGUGGCUGCAACAAAGCAAAUAAUGCUUGUCGAAGAUAACAAAGUCAACCAAACUAUCAUGCUAAAGCUGUUGGCGACCCUCGGAUUUGAACGGGUAGAUGCAGCCUGGGAUGGGGCUGAAGCAGUGCGUAUGGUGAAGCAAAAGCCACUUGCGUACCAUUUAAUCUUGAUGGAUAUCAAUAUGCCGGUAAUGGAUGGGCUGGUUGCGACCGAGAAAAUUCGCGAAAUGAAAAUGGACGUUCCCAUCAUUGCAUUGACUGGAAAUGCCUUGAAGGGCGAUGCCGAAACCUACUUGGCGAAAGGAAUGAACGAUUAUAUUGCCAAACCCUUGCAUAGGCAGCAGUUGGUGGAUCUUCUGUGGAAAUGGUGCGGAACUUGA